GGUUGUCAGCGGUGGCAGCACUCAUGGCCGGUCUCCUGUGGCGGACCGCGGCGUUUGUGCAGAGACACAGGACAGGCCUCCUGGCGGGUUCCUGCGCAGGUCUGUUUGGGGCUCAGAUCUCGUACCACCUCUUCCCGGAUCCCGUGGUCCAAUGGCUCUACCAGUACUGGCCUCGGGGCCAGCCAGCCCCGGUCUCUCCAGAACUGCAGAGCCUCUUCCAAGAGGUGCUGCAGGACAUGGGCAUCCCCGCAGGCCAUCGCUACAAGCCCUUCCCCGCCUUCACCUUCCAGCCUGUGAGUGCAGGCUUCCCGAGACUCCCUGCUGGGGCCGUGGUGGGCAUCCCCGCCAGCUUCCUGGGAGGCCCUGUGGCCGAGACUGACAGCCCUGUGGUUGUGCAUGGGCAAAAAGUGGACUGGCAGAGCCCAGCAGGCGCCCAGCUGAGAGAUGCCCUGACCCUGUCCCGUGAAGCCCAGAAGUUCGCGUUGGCCAGGGAGGUGGUGUACCUGGAGAGUGGUGCAGCCUCCCUGCAGGCCCUGCCAGCUCCAGCUUGCCUGGCAGGGACCUGGGCACUCGGUGUGAGUGCCAAGCAUGCCCUGGGGCUCUACGGAGGCCCCAUGAAUUUACGGGCUGCCUUCAACUUGGUGGCAGCAGUGGCGGGCUUUGUGGCCUAUGCCUUCUCCACGGACUCGCUCACUCACGCCCUGGAGGCCUGGCUGGACCGCCGCACGGCCGCCCUCUCUUCAGCCUAUGCCAGGGGUGCAGUGGAGUUCUACGAGAAGGUCCUGUCGGGCAACCAGGCCCUGCGCAGCCUCUUGGGCAGGCGUGGGGAGAAGCUGUACACGCCCAGCGGGAACGUCGUCCCCAGGCACUGGUUCCGCAUCAAACAUCUGCCCUACACCAGCCGCCGGGACUCUGUGCUGCAGGUGUGGAGGGUGACGCUGGGUCCAGGCCGCUCCUGAUGGCUCAUCACAAGGACCAUUCCAGCUUGUGCAGGCGUCACUCUGCCAUGGACUUUGGGGGCUCUCUUGGUGCCUCUGCACCCCUCGCCGAAGGGCAGAAAAGUCGCAGCCUUUGGAACCAAGUGGCUGAGCUUAUCCCCUAACCACCUCUUACGGACUCAGUGACCUUGAGCGAGUCCCUUUAUGGAUCUGAGCCUUGGCUUCCUGAACUGUAAAGUGGGAAUGAUGUAAACUACCUUACGGGAUUGUGGGGUUGGAUGAGGCCGUGAACACCAGGGCCUGGCAGAGAGGGGGUGCUGUAAAUAAACAGGACAUCCCUCCUU